CUUCUGCCGCACGUCCCUGCCACCGCUGGGGUUUCUGUUUUAUUUUCCUGGAGGGGGAAAGGGGGGGGAAACCCAAAUCAACAUGGUCUCCCCAUGUCCUCUGUUCCCCUCUUCCCUCUUCCCCCUUCUGUCAUCUCAGUAGGAAUCGGCUUUUUCUUGCCCUGCCCAGAGCUUUGUUCUCCUCAGACUCAGACAAGACUCCAGGAAAGAAGCCAGGAUGGAUUACAGCUCCCUCAGCGGAGUCCCCCGGUUCCUGACCCGGCCCAAGGCGUUCAUGGUGUCUGUGGGGAAGGAUGCCACCCUGAGCUGCCAGAUCAUCGGAAACCCCAUCCCAGUCGUCAGCUGGGAGAAGGACAAACUGCCAGUCCAGUCUGGGGGGAGGUUUAAAACCACGGAGGAUGGGGAUCUCUAUCGGCUCACGAUCUACGACCUGAGCCUGGAGGACAGUGGCCAGUACAUCUGCCGGGCCAAGAACACCAUCGGGGAGGCCUUUGCCGCCGUCAGCAUCAAGGUGGGGGAGGAGACCACGGUGACAGAGCAGGCCCCUUACUUCAUCCAGAAACCCUCCAACAUUAAGGUAACCCUGGGAGAAGAUGCCAUGUUCAAGUGCAAGGUCCAGGGCAGCCCUCCCCUCUCAGUGAACUGGGAGAAGGACGGGAGGCACCUGCGGAACCAGGCGGAUGCCGGGCGCUUCCAGAUCGAGUCCGCCGGGGAGUCCAACGCUCUGACCAUCCAGUGUGCCCGGCUGGGGGACAGUGGCACCUACACCUGCCGGGCAGAGAACCUCAUCGGCUCCGCCAGCGCCUCGGCCGCGCUGGUGGUGGAGACACACGGCUCCUCCAACCCGGGCAGCAGCGCCAACUUCGACUCCAGCUGCGGGAAGACGGCGUCCUUGCUGUCCCACCUGCAGAAGAGGCGGGAGGAGAUCAGGAAGAUGGAAGUCUCCCACGGCACUCUGGACUCGACCUCUGCCCAGUCUUACUCCGAAGGGUUGUCCGGCGUCGCCUACGGGCUCUCCCGGGAUUACGAGCGGGCGGCGGGACUCUCCAAGGGGGCUCGGAACGCCACCUUCGGGGCGCUGACGCGCACGUGCAGCGUCACGGAGGGCAAACACGCCAAGCUGAGCUGCUACGUGACGGGGGAGCCCAAGCCGGUGAUCGUGUGGAAGAAGGACAACGAGGUCAUUUCGGAGGGGCGGCGGCACGUCAUCUACGAGGACGACCAGGAGAACUUCGUGCUGAAGAUCCUCUUCUGCAAGCAGGUGGACAACGGGCUGUACACCUGCACGGCCUCCAACCUGGCGGGCCAGACCUACAGCUCCGUGCUCGUCACCGUCAAAGAACCCGCCAUACCCUUCAAGAAAAAACUGAAGGACCUCGAGGUGAGGGAGAAGGAAUCUGCCACCUUCCAGUGCGAGGUGCCCGUUCCCGGGACAGAGACCUCCUGGUUCAAGGAGGAGACCAAGCUGAGGCAGAGCAAGAAGUACAACAUCGAGGAGGAGGGCACGUACCGCCGGCUCACCGUGCAGAACGUCACCGCCGACGAUGACGCCGUUUACAUCUGUGAGAUGAAAGAAGGGAGCAGGACCAUUGCAGAGCUGUCUGUCCAAGGGAACAUAAUUAAAAAGCUUCCACGGAAGACUGCGGUGUUCAUCCACGACACAGCCACCUUCUGCGUGGAGCUGGACAACGACUGCCAGAACGUCCGGUGGCUCAAGAACAAGGAGGAGGUGAAGCCCAGCGACCGCAUCUCCAUCACGCGCUCUGGCAAACAGCACACCAUGACCAUCCGAGAGUGCAAGGUGGAAGAUGCUGGGGAGAUUGCCUUCCUGGCUGAUGAAAGCAGGACUUCCACCCAGUUCACCGUGACCACACCCAAAAAGCCUCCCACCCAACCCCCAGCCGACCCUGUGGUGAAAAAUAAAACAGAAACCUCAGUGACCCUGGCAUGGUCCCCUCCCAAGAUGGACCGGCCCAUUCCAGUCGACGGAUACAUCGUGGAACGCAAGAAACUCACUGGCUUCACCUGGGUGAGGUGCCACGAGUCCCACGUCCCUGUCCCAGAGCUCACCGUGAGCAACCUGGCCGAAGAGGCUGAUUAUCAGUUCAGAGUGUCUGCAGUCAACACCUACGGACAGAGCCCCUACCUGGAAUUCCCCGGGAGCGUCCACCUUGAACCAGUGCUGGCUGUGAAAAGCCCCCUGACAACAGCUGAGGCUGUACCUGGAGGGGAUGCCCUGUUUACUGUCGACCUCACCAAGACGUGUUCCGGCACCUGGUACCUCAACGGUAAAGUCUUGCAGGAAAGUGAGACCUGCAUCAUCAAGAGAACCCAAACCACUCACACCCUCAUCAUAAAGAACGUCACCAAGAAGGAUGAUGGAGCAGAAGUGAAAUUUGUUGCCAGUGAUGUUGAGACCAGCACCAAGAUGAGAGUGAAAGGUGCUGCAGUGAGAUUUACCAACAAGAGCAAAGAGGCAGAAAAGGUCUCUGCUCGGCUGAGGGAGGAAGCCAAACUCCAGGCUGAGCUUUCAGAUGCAGAGGCCACAGUGAAAUGGUUGAAAGAUGGGAAGGAGCUCAAGGCCAGUGAAAAAUAUGAGCUUCAGACUGUGGGGAAGAGGCACAUCCUGAAAAUCCGCAGCACUUGUGAAGAGGAUGCUGGAGUUUAUGAGUGCACCUGUGAAGGGGAUAAAAUGUCCUUUCAGCUUUCAGUGAAAGCACUUGCAAACUUCGUAAACAAAGAGAAAAGUGGAGGACUUGUCAAGGCCAUCACUGGAAAACAGGCUGAGUUUGUUUCUGAGACCUCCGAGGCCAAUGUCAUGGUGAAGUGGUACAAAGAUGGGAAAGAAAUCACAGCCAGCAAGAAAUUCACCCUGGAGGAUAAGGGAAAACUGCACAAGCUCAUGGCUUCGGCUGUGACAAAGGAAGAUGAAGGAACUUACAUGUGCAAAAUUGGAGAUGACAGCCUUGUUUUUGAUUUAAAAGUCUCAGACGAAGCUGUUACUUUUGUCAACAAGCCCAAGACGACUCCAGAAGUAUCAGUCAGUCCUUCUGAAACCCUGGAGCUGGUGUGUGAGGUGUCAGCUGCCAGCGGAGCUGUGGUGUGGAAGAGGGAUCACACCGAGGUGAAGCAGGACCAGAGGACAACAGUGGUGUCCCAGGGGACACAACGAAAGCUCAUCGUCAAGAGGGUGACACAGCAAGACCAAGGGAGCUACACCUGCGAGGUGAAGGAUGACAGAAUAACAUUCCAAGUCAAAGUCAGAGAGCCAGAAGUUGUGUUUACAAACAAGGACAAAGUGAAGAAAGAGGUGAAAGCUGCACUAUCAGAAGAUGCCACUCUGAGCUGCGAGGUGGCCCAGGAGAAGACUGAAGUGAAGUGGUACAAGGAUGGGAAGCUGAUCACCUCCAGCAAGAAGUUCAAGGUGGAGUCUGAGGGCAAAUCUCGCCGUCUGGUGGUGGGUCAGGUGGAGAAGAAGGAUGCUGGGGAGUACAGCUGCGAGGCUGCUGGCCAGAAACUCACCUUCAGGAUCGAUGUCACAGAGGCAGAAGAUGCCUUUGUCCACAAGGAGAAGGUGCAGAAAGAGGUGAAAGCUGUGCUAUCAGAAGAUGCCACUCUGAGCUGCGAGGUGGCCCAGGACAAGACUGAGGUGAAGUGGUACAAGGAUGGGAAGCUGAUCACCUCCAGCAAGAAGUUCAAGGUGGAAUCCGAGGGCAAAUCUCGUCGUUUGGUGGUGGGUCAGGUGGAGAAGAAGGAUGCUGGGGAGUACAGCUGUGAGGCUUCUGGCCAGAAACUCACCUUCAGGAUCCAUGUUGCAGAUGACGCGUUUGAACACAGAGACAAAGUGCAAAGGGAGGUGAAGGCAGCGCUGAAGGAAAACACCACUCUGAGCUGCGAGGUGGCCCAGGACAAGACUGAGGUGAAGUGGUACAAGGAUGGGAAGCUGAUCACCUCCAGCAAGAAGUUUAAGGUGGAGUCAGAGGGCAAAUCUCGCCGUCUGGUGGUGGGUCAGGUGGAGAAGAAGGAUGCUGGGGAGUACAGCUGCGAGGCUGCUGGCCAGAAACUCACCUUCAAAAUCCAUGUCACAGAGGCAGAAGAUGCUUUCAUCAAAAAGGACAAAGUGAAGAAAGAGGUGAAAGCUGCGCUAUCAGAAGAUGCCACUCUGAGCUGCGAGGUGGCCCAGGACAAGACUGAGGUGAAGUGGUACAAGGAUGGGAAGCUGAUCACCUCCAGCAAGAAGUUCAAGGUGGAGUCCGAGGGCAAAUCUCGCCGUCUGGUGGUGGGUCAGGUGGAGAAGAAGGAUGCUGGGGAGUACAGCUGCGAGGCUGCUGGCCAGAAACUCACCUUCAGGAUUGAUGUCACAGAGCCAGAAGUUGUGUUCACAAAGAAGGACAAAGUGAAGAAAGAGGUGAAAGCUGCGCUAUCAGAAGAUGCCACUCUGAGCUGCGAGGUGGCCCAGGACAAGACUGAGGUGAAGUGGUACAAGGAUGGGAAGCUGAUCACCUCCAGCAAGAAGUUCAAGGUGGAGUCCGAGGGCAAAUCUCGCCGUCUGGUGGUGGGUCAGGUGGAGAAGAAGGAUGCUGGGGAGUACAGCUGCGAGGCUGCUGGUCAGAAACUCACCUUCAGGAUUGAUGUCACAGAGCCCAAACCUGCAUUUAUAAACCAGGAAAAGGUCCAGAAGGAGGUGAAGGCUGUGCUGACAGAAAGUGCCUCCCUCGUGUGUGAGGUAGCACAGGAUGCAACCGAAGUGAAAUGGUUCAAGGACGGAAAACUUCUGGUUUCCUCCAGAAAAUUCAAAAUAGAGACCGUGGGCAAAACCCGGCGCCUGGUUAUAGAGCAGUUGGAGAAGAAGGAUGCUGGGGAAUACAUCUGUGAGGCUGCAGGCCAGAAGAUGACAUUCAAACUGGAACCAACUGAACCAGAGGCUAAAUUUGAAAAGAAAGUUGUCCAGAAAGAGCCUCUCAUUGUUCAAGAACAUGAGAGUAUCACACUGACAACCUCAGUGACACCUGAAACUGCUGCAGUGAAGUGGCUCAAGGACGGCACAGAAAUCAAGGCGAGCAAGAAAUGUGUGAUCAAGAGUGAGGGGGCAUCCAGGACCCUGGUGGUGAACCUAGCUGAGAGCACAGACACUGCUGUCUACACCUGCCAGACCAGGAAUGACAAGCAGGAGUUCAAAGUUCAGGUGAAAGAGAUCCCAGUGAAGUUCGCCAAGAAGCUGGAAGCUGUCAAGGCUGAGAUUGGAGGCAGUGUCUGCCUGAGCUGUGAGCUGAGCCACCCCAGGGGGAAGGUGACCUGGCGCAGGAAUGGAGUUGAGAUUAAGCCCAGCAAACGUUUCCAGGUUCACGAGGAGGGGGUCAAACGGACCCUGACGAUAACAGGGAUCCGGGCUGAGGAUGAGGGGGAGUAUUCCUGUGAAUCCAGAGAUGACAAGAGCAGCAUUACCAUCACCCCCAAAGCUCCCAGAGUGGUGAAAUUCAUCACCAGCCUCAACAGUGUGGUGUCUGAGGAAGGAAAAGAGGCCGUGUUCAAGUGCACCGUCUCUCCCAGCGACGCCGUGGUCACUUGGCUCAGGAAUGGCGUCAAGAUUGAAGCCAGCAAGAAGUAUGUGAUUUCCCAGAAGGACACCAACCACAGCCUCACCAUCACUGACCUGACACUGGAAGAUGCAGCUGAAAUCUGCGCCAGUGCUGAGGGUGUAGAGAGCACAGCCAACCUCAGAGUCCGAGAGGCCUCGAUCUCAUUCAAGAAGAAACUGGAGCCCACAACAGUUGAAGAGAGGGAGACAGUGACCUUGGAGGUGGAGCUGACCAAGCCUGCAGAGGUGAAGUGGAUGAGGAACAGCAUCGUGCUGAAGCCCAGCGACAAGAUAGAGAUCAAAGCUGAGGGAACAAAGCACACCUUGGUGGUGAAGGACAUCUCCUUUGCAGACAGGGGCUUCUACUGCUGUGAGAGCCCUGAUGACAAGACCCAAGCCAAGAUCAACGUGGAAAUGAGGCAGAUCAAGCUGGUGAAAGGCCUUCAGCCCCUGGAAGUUGCUGAGAAAGGGACUGUCACCUUCGAGGUGGAGGUGUCACACGAGGACGUGGAAGGGACCUGGCAGAGGGACGGAGUUCGGCUCAAACCUGCACCCAACGUCAGCUUUGGCGUCCUGGGCAAGAAACACUCGCUGACUCUUUCCUCGGUGGCCCUUGAGGAUGCAGGGGUCAUCUCCUUCAAGGCAGAAGGCAUCAAUUCAUCAGGGAGACUCACUGUGACAGAAUUGCCUGUGAGAAUCAGCAAACCACUGGUGGAUGUCAGUGUGACUCAGAAGCUCAAGGCCACAUUUGAGUGUGAGCUGUCCAGGCCCAAUGUGAAUGUGAAGUGGUUCAAGGAUGGGAAGGAGAUCCAUCAAAGUCAAAACGUGGGGUUUGUUUCCCAGGGAAAUAAGAGAAGCCUCAUUAUUCACAAGUGUGAAUAUGAAGACCAGGGAACCUACAGCUGUCAAGCAGCUGAAGACAAGACAUCAGCUACUCUAAAGGUUCAUGCCCGAGAUAUCAAGAUUGUAAAGCCACUGGAAGAUGUGGAAGUGAAUGAAUACGAGAGUGCAUCCUUUGUCUGUGAGAUUUCACAUGAUGAGGUCGAAACCCAGUGGUACAAAAAUGACAACAAGCUGAAGACUUCAGACAAUAUCAAAAUGCGACAGGAUGGGAAGACCUACUCUCUGACCUACGCCCGUGUCCACGUGGAGGAUGCGGCAGAGAUCAAAUUUGUGGCAGAAAAGGCAGAAUCUCGUGCUCAGCUGACCGUGAAAGAGCUGCCUGUAAAAAUAGUGAAGCCUUUGAGAGACAAGAUCGCCCUCGAGAAGCACCGGGGGUUCCUGGAGUGCCAAGUGUCUCGUGCCAACGCCAAGGUCCGGUGGUUCAAAAGGGACGUGGAAAUUCGCCCCAGCGACAAAUACGAGAUCGUGAGCGAAGGCGUCUACAGGAAACUCAUCAUCAACGACGCCGACUACGAGGAUGAGGACACCUACACCUGCGAUGCCUUCGAUGACAAAAGCAGUGCUAACUUCUUUGUUGAAGAGCAAGCCAUUAAUAUCGUGAAGGAGUUGUGUGAUGAGGAUGUGACUGAGCCUGAGGAAGCCAAUUUUGAAUGUGAGACAUCCAUUCCAUCUGUGAAACCCGCCAAGUGGUUUCUACGUGGAGAAGCUUUACAACCUGGCAGAAACUUCAUCAUGCAGCAGGAAGGCACCAUCCACAGGCUGACAAUAGUGAAAACAAGUGCUGAUAUGACAGGAACCAUCCAGUUCUCCAUUGGCAAAUCAAAAUCUACAGCAAACCUGCUUGUCAGAGAUUACCACAUACAGAUCACCAGGAAGCUGGAGGACAAGACUGUCCUGGAGAAACACUCGGCCGUCCUGUCCUGUGACUUCAGGCCCUCUCCAAAGAUUGUGAAGUGGUUCAAGGACCACGUGCUCAUCGAGCCCUCUGAGAAGUACAAGAUCAAGCGGGAGCAAUACUCAGCAGAGCUCAAGAUCUUGAAGGUGAAGCCUGAAGAUGCCGGAAUGUACAAGUGCCGGGCUGGGAAUGCAGAGACCAGAGCCACACUCACCGUCGAAGCCCGGAACGUGGAAGUCCUCAAACACCUGCAGGACGUGGAAGUUGAGGAAGACAGCUCUGCCGUGUUCUCCUGCGAGCUGUCCCACGACGACGAGGACGUGGAGUGGUUCCUCAACGGCGCCCUCCUCUACACCAACAACUUCAACGACAUCAAGAACGUCGGCAAGGUCUACACGCUCACCAUGAAGCAGGUGAAGCCUGAGGACGCUGGCACGGUGACAAUGAAGUCAGACAAGGUGUCAGAGAGCGUGAGGCUGAAGGUCAUAGAGAAACCUGCUGUCUUCAUGAAAGCCUUGGAUGACGUUUUUGGUGAGGAGCGAGGUGUGAUUAAACUGGAAUGCGAAGUCUCCAAAGAGAAGGUCAAACCUGUUUGGAAAAAGGAUGGUGUGAAGAUCCCUUCUAGUGACAAGUACGAGGAGAUACAGUCUGGGAAGACCCUGUGCCUCCUUAUCCACGACCUUGAAAAGACAGAUGCAGGUUUAUACACCUGUGACAUUGGCACUGAUGUUGCCAAGUCAAAGGUCAGCGUUCAGGAACUGAACAUCGGCAUCACCAAACGGCUGAAGAACACCGAAAUCCAGCUGGGAGAGGACUGCACCUUUGAGUGCAUUUUGUCCCACGAGAGCAUCGAUGACUUCAGCUGGACGCUGAACGGGAGAAAAGUGGAGAGUGGGGGGAGGUUUAAAGCCUCCAACGCGGGUCGGAAAUACACCCUCAGCAUCCAAAGGGUGACUCCCGACGAUGCGGGGGAGGUCGUGUUCACUGCCCGAGGUCUGACCUCCAAGGCUUCUCUGGCUGUGAAAGAGAAACCAACUGAGGUUACAAAACAGCUGGAGGAUAAAACAUCACAAGCAGGGCAGGACAUCAACCUGAGCUGUGAACUGUCCAAACCUGAUGUGAACAUCAGGUGGUACAAGGACGGCAAAGCAAUCCGAAAAAGCCAGAAAUACGACUUGCAGCAAGAGGGAACACGGGCCAUCCUGAUCAUCCAUGACUCCACGGUCAAGGACAGUGGGGAAUACACCUGUGAGACAGAGAGCUCCAAAACAACAGCCAGGAUCACAGUGCAAGAAAAACCUAAUUAUUUUGUCAAGGAGCUUUCAGACCUGAAAGUCGAUGAGAGUGGGACCGCGGUUUUCACGUGCCAGAGCGAGAGAGCUGCAUCCUCUGUGGUCUGGAGGAAAGGCAUCGCUGAGCUCAGGGCCGGCAGGAAAUACGAGAUCACGCAGAAGGGACGAGACCUCCAGCUGACCAUAAAGAACCUGGAGAAAAGCGACAGUGACACUUACAGCUGUGACAUUGGUGAUGCCCAGUCCAGAGCCAAGCUGGUCGUGCAAGGCCAGAAAGUGCUAAUAACAGAAGACCUGGAAGAUGUCACUGUGUUAGAAGGAGAAUCUGCCACGUUCAAGUGCAGAAUCUCUCCCGUAGACUGUAGCAGAGUGCAGUGGUUUUUGGAUAAAACCCCACUCCAUACCAAUGAACUUAAUGAGAUCCAGUCCCAGCCUGGGGGAUAUCACCUGCUAACGCUGAGAAAGCUCUCACUGAAGGACUCGGGGGUCAUUACAUUUGAAGCUGGUGAUAAGAAAACAUCUGCCAGUUUGGUUGUGAAAGAAAAGCCACUCCUUUUCAAGCAAGAGCUCCAAAACGAAGAGGCUAAAGAAGGAAAACAGGUCAAGCUGACCUGCGAGCUCAGCAAACCUGGUGCCCCAGUGAAAUGGAUGAAGGGAGACACUGUCCUCCAUGCCAGUGAGAAGUAUGAAUUUAAGCAGCACGGAACUGUGGCAGAGCUCAUUAUCCGAGACCUCAAAUCCAUGGAUGCUGGGGAAUACACCUGCAGCUCUGGGGAGCUCAAAACCACUGCCCGGGUGAAAGUGAACGCUGUGCCUGUCCUUUUUAAACAAGCCCUGGAGAACACGGAUAUGGAAGAGGGGAAGUCCGUCUCCUUGCGCUGCGAACUCACAAAAACCGAUGCCACCGUGGUGUGGAAGAAGGGAGGAGCCACGCUCCAGGCAAGUGCCAAAUAUGAAAUGAAGCAGAAGGGGACAGUGGCAGAGCUGGUGAUUCAUAAUGCAGAGCCAGAAGAUGCGGGAAGAUACACCUGUGACACUGGAGACCAGCAGAGCACAGCCCAAGUCAAAAUCCAUGCUGCCUCUGUGCUCUUCAAGGAAGAGCUGAAGCCUGUGGAAGCUGUGGAAGGUGGGACAGCCACACUGCAGUGCCAGCUGAGCAGAGAGGCCCCCGUGGAGUGGAGGAAGGGGCAAACCCUUCUCCGGCCGAGUAACAAGUACAAGAUGAGGCAGGAGGGCACAGUGGCUGAGCUGCUGAUCCAUGAUCUGGACCCAAAGGAUGCUGGAGAAUAUUCAUGUCUAGUGGGGAACCAAAAAACCACGGCAACCUUGUCAGUGAAUGCCCUGCCAGUGCGUUUCAAGAAGGAGCUGAGGAACGAGGAGGCCACGGAGAGCGGGACGGCGACGCUGCAGUGUGAGCUGAGCCGGCCCGGGGGCUCGGUCCAGUGGAGCAGGGAUGGGAAGGUGCUGGAGCCAAAUGGAAAGUACAAAAUGAGACGGGAAGGGCGCUUUGUUGAGCUGGUUAUCCAAGACCUGGACUUGGCGGAUGCCGGGAGCUACACCUGCACGUGUGGAGACCAGAAGACAACGGCUGCUCUGAGAGUGAAUGCCUUGCCUGUCCUCUUCCAAGAAGAACUGAUGAACAAGGAAGCUACAGAGGGGGAGGCAGUGACUUUGCACUGUAAACUGAGCAAAUCGGCCCCAGUUGAGUGGAAAAAGGGGAAUGUGGUCCUCAAGCCAAGUGAAAAAUACAAAAUAGAGCAGGAAGGUCCCUUUGCAGAGCUGAGGAUCCAGGAUUUGGGAUUGGCAGAUGCUGGUGAUUACCACUGUGUGUGUGGAGACCGACAGACCACGGCUGCUUUGACAGUAAAUGUCCUGCCUGCUCUUUUCACCAAAGAACUGACAGACCGAGAAGCCACUGAAGGUAAAAGUGUCUCCCUGCACUGUGAGCUGAACAAGGCAGCUGCCAAGGUGGAGUGGAAGAAGGGAUUCAAGACCCUCAAGCCAAGUGACAAAUACAAAAUGAAACGGGAAGGUGUCGCUGCUGAGCUCACGAUCCAGAACCUGGACACGGCGGACGCUGGGAAUUACUCCUGUGUGUGUGGGGACCAGCAGACCAUGGCAGUUUUGACAGUUCAUGCUCUGCCUGCAUUUUUCAAAGAAGGGUUGAAGAACAGGGAGGCCACAGACGGUGGAACAGCCACCCUGCACUGCGAGCUCAGCAAGGUCGGGGUCCCCGUGGAGUGGAAAAAAGGGGACAAGACACUCAAACCCAGUGAAAAGUUCAGGAUGAGACAAGAAGACACGGCUGCAGAGCUGCUGAUCCGAGAUCUGGAGGUGCAAGACACAGGAGAAUAUACCUGUGUGUGUGGAGAGCAGAAGACCUCGGCUGUCUUGACAGUCCACGCUUUGCCUGCACUGUUCAAAAAGGAUCUUGCCCCUGUGGAAGCCACGGAAAGCAGGGCGGCUGUUCUGCAGUGUGAGCUGACCAAACCCGCCCCAGUGGAGUGGAGGAAAGGGCAGGAGGUGCUCCAGCCUAGUGAGAAGUACAAAAUGAGGCUGAAGGACACCGUUGCUGAGCUGACAAUCCAUGGCCUGGAGGAACAGGAUGCAGGAGAUUACACGUGUGUGUGUGGAGACAAGGCAACCACAGCUUCCCUGACAGUGCAUGCCCUCCCUCCACGUUUCAAAGAGGAGUUGAGGAACGUGGAAGGCACGGAAAAAGGCACGGCCACUUUCUGCUGCGAACUGAACAAGCCCGGAGCCGCCGUGGGGUGGAGGAAAGGAGACACAGCCCUGGGGACAGGUGACAAGUUCACCAUGAGGUGCCAGGGCACGAUUGCUGAGCUGGUGAUCCGUGAUUUGGAUCUGGCAGAUGCUGGGGAUUACACGUGCUGCUGUGGAGAUCAGAGAACCACGGCCGCGCUGAGAGUGAACGCCUUGCCUGUGCACUUCAAGAAGGAGAUGACAAACGAGGAAGCCACAGAAGGUGGAACAGCCACCCUCCAGUGUGAACUGUCCAGACCUGCCCCCGUGGAGUGGAAAAAGAAGCACAAGGUGCUCAAACCGAGUGAAAAAUACACUGUGAGGCAGGAGGGCACCACAGCACAGCUGCUGAUCCACGCUCUGGAGGUCAAGGAUGCUGGGGAAUACACCUGUGUGUGUGGAGAGGAGAAGACAACUGCAGCACUGACAGUGCAUGCCCUCCCUGCCCUCUUCAGAGAGGAACUGAGAGAUGAGGAAGCCGAGGAGGGCAAAGCGGUGACUCUGCGCUGUGAGCUGACCAAACCCGCCCCGGUGGAGUGGAGAAAGGGCCACACGGUGCUCAGACCUAGUGAGAAGUACAAAAUGAGGCAGAAGGAUGUCACUGCAGAGCUGGUGAUCCAGGGCCUGGCUGAGAGUGAUGCUGGUGAUUACACCUGUGUGUGUGGGGACAAGGAGUCCACGGCUGCCUUGGCAGUGCACGUGCUGCCUGCGGGGAUCAGGGAGAGCCUGAAGGACCAGGAGGUGACAGAGGGUCAAGGGGCCACUCUGUGCUGUGAGCUGACCAAGGCUGCCCCAGUGGAGUGGAGAAAGGGCAGCACUCUGCUCAGAGCCAGUGACAAGUACAAGAUGAGGCAGGAGGGCACAGUCAUGAAGCUGCUUAUCCACGAUGUGGAGCUGAAAGAUGCUGGAGAAUACACGUGUGUGUGUGGAGAGCAGGAGACAACAGCUGCCUUGAUAGUGCAUGCCCUGCCAGCACUUUUCAAAGAAGGCCUGAAGGACCUGCAAGCCCUGGAAAGCCAAACGGCCACUCUGCGCUGUGAGCUGACCAAGGCUGCAGCUGUGGCGUGGAAGAAAGGGAACAAAGUGCUCAGGGCAAGUGAAAAACACAUCAUGAGGCAGGAGAGUGGCCUUGCUGAGCUGGAAAUCCGUGACCUGGAGCUGCAGGAUGCAGGAGAUUACACCUGUGUGUGUGGAGACCAGCACACCACGGCGUCUCUGGCAGUGAAUGCCCUGCCAGUGCUUUUCAAGGAAGAACUGAAGAGUGAAGAAGCCCAGGAAGGAGCAUCAGUCACUCUGAGUUGUGAAUUAACCAAAGAAGCUCCAGUGAAGUGGAAAAUUGGGCCCAAAGUGCUCAAAGCAAGUGACAAAUAUCAAAUGAGACAGUCUGGCACCACUGCAGAGCUGGUCAUUCAUGACCUAGAAGUAAAAGAUGCUGGAGAUUACACCUGUGUGUGUGGUGACCAGAAGACAACAGCAACCUUGGCAGUUCAUGCUCUGCCCCCACUCUUUAAGGAAGAGCUCCAGGACAAGGAAGCAGGAGAAGGUGGAGAAGUCACUCUGCACUGUGAGCUCACCAAGGCUGCUCCAGUGCAGUGGUGGAAGGACCAGAGGAUGCUCAAAGCGAGCGAGAAAUACAAAAUGAGGCAGGAAGGGACCAAGGCAGAGCUGGUGAUCCAUGAAAUAGCUGAGGAGGAUGCAGGAGGCUACACCUGUGUGUGUGGGGAGCACCGGAGCACAGCUGUCCUGACAGUCCAGGCUGUUCCUCCAUUUUUCCAAGAGGAAAUGACCAGCAAGGAAGCAGUAGAAGGUGGAAUGGCCACUUUUCAGUGUGAGCUCAGCAAGGCAUCCGCCCCUGUGCAGUGGAAGAAGGGCCACCACGUCCUCACCUCGGGCAAGAAGCACAGCAUGAGGCAGGAAGGCCGUGUUGUGGAGCUGGUGGUUCAUGACUUGGACCUGGGUGACAGUGGAGAUUAUACCUGUGUGUGUGGAGACAAGAGCACCACAGCUGCCUUAACAGUGCAUGCACUGCCUCCAGAAUUCAAGAGAGGCCUGAAGGACCUUGAGGCUGUGGAAAAUGGCACAGCUGCUCUGCACUGUGAGCUGACUAAACCUGCUGUGGUGGAGUGGAAGAAAGGGCAGGAGGUGCUCAAGGCAAGCAGCAAGUAUAAAAUGAGUCAAGAAGGUGCUGUUGCAAAGCUGAUUAUCCGUGAGCUGGAUGUGGAGGAUGCUGGAGAUUACACCUGUGUGUGUGGAGAUCAGCAGACAACUGCCACUCUGACAGUCAACGCCCUACCAGCACUUUUUAAACAAGAGCUCCAGGACACCGAGGCAGAGGAAGGUGGCACAGCCACACUGAGGUGUGAGCUGACCAAAGCCAAGGCUCCAGUGGAGUGGAGGAAAGGGGAUGUCACCCUCUACCCUGGUUUGAAAUACGAGAUGAAGCAGCAGGGCUGCACCGCUGAACUGGCCAUUUCUGACCUAGAACUGGAUGAUUCAGGAAUAUACACCUGUGACUCUGGACACCAGCAGACAACAGCUGUGGUGACUGUACAUGCACUGCCUGUCCGAUUUAAGCAACCCCUGCAGAAUCAGGAAUCCGAGGAGGGAAGCACAGCCACGUUCUGCUGUGAGCUGUCGAAACCCAAAGCUGCUGUGGAGUGGAGGAAAGGAGGAGUGGGGCUGCAGCCCAGCCAGAAAUAUGAAAUGAGGCAGAGGGAAUGCCUGGUAGAGCUCUUGAUUCAUAACCUCAAAUUAGAAGAUACAGGAGAGUACAGCUGUGACACUGGGGAUGAGGAAACCAAGGCAGCUUUAAACGUGAAAGCUCUGCCAGUUCUUUUCAAAAAGCAGCUCAAAGAUGAGGAGGCAGAAGAAGGAGCUGCGGUGAAAUUCCAGUGUGAGCUGACGAAGGAUAACGCAGCAGUGGAGUGGAGGAAAGGCACCGUGGAGCUCUUCCCCUGUGCCAAAUAUGACAUUAAAUUAAGUGGUCGCACGGCUGAACUUGUGAUUCACAGUGUGGAGCUAGAGGAUGCUUCUGAUUACACGUGUGACACCGGAGACCAGCAGAGCACUGCAGUCCUCAGAGUGCAUGCCACCAAACCCCGGCUGAGGCAGCAGCUGAAGAACGAAGAGGUGGAAGUGGGGGGGACAGCCAGGCUGCGCUGCGAGAUCUCCAUCAGCAAGGCAGAGGUGGAGUGGAGGAAGGACGGAGCUGUCCUGCACUCCAGCUCCAAGUACGAGAUGUGGCAGGACGGGACCCUCCGGGAGCUCCGCGUUCACCACCUGGAGCCUGGAGAUGCCGGGGAAUAUUCCUGCAAGGCUGGGGAUGAGACGACCUCUGCCAAACUGACAGUGAAAGAGCCCGACGUGACCAUCGUGAGCGGCCUGAAGGACAUGGAGGUGUUCGAGGGGGACGACGUCACGUUCCGGUGCCAGGUUUCCCACGAGAACGCCAGGGAUGUGGAAUGGAAGCUGCAGGAUGUCGCCCUGCAAAACAACGAGAUGAACGAGAUCUCGGUGGAAAAAGGGAAGGUUCACACCCUGACCCUGAGGAAGGUGACUGAGCAGGACAUUGGCACCGUCACCUUCCGGGUGGGAUGUCACACGACCACGGCAGAGCUCACGGUGAAAGUGCCACCUCCAGUAUUUAAGGAGAAACUGCAGAGCCUGGAACUGCAGGAGGAAGACACAGCCGUGCUCAGCUGCCAGGUCUCCCAGCCCAACGCUCAGGUGAAGUGGAAGAAGGGCACUCAGGUGAUCUCCCCGAGCUCCAAGUAUGAAAUCAGGCAGGAAGGAACAGUCCACACCUUAAAGAUUUUUCACUUAAACCCAGAAGACUCUGGCAAAUACACCUGUGAUAAUGGAAACGAACAAACGACGGCCACUGUGACUGUUAAAGCUUUGCCUGUAACCUUCACACAACCACUGCAGAACCAACAGGCUGAAGAAGGUGGCACCAUCACUUUGAGCUGUGAGGUGUCGAGAUCAAACACCGCAGUGCAGUGGAAGAAGGGCGGGACUGUGCUGAGACCAAGUGACAAAUUCAAGAUGCGUCAGGCCGGGCCCGUGGCCGAGCUGACCAUCCACAACCUGAGCGGAGCUGAUGCUGGGGAAUACACCUGUGACACAGGGGACCAGCAAACCACGGCUGUGGUGCACCUGAAAGAACCAGCAGUGACCAUAGUGGAGAUGCUGAAGGACGUCACCUCGUACGAAGGGGAGGACGCGGUGUUCGAGUGCAGGCUGUCCCGGGAAACAACCCAGGAUGCCAAGUGGUUCCUGGGGGAUGUGCCCCUGCAGUCCAACGAGAUGAAUGAGAUCAGAGUCCAGGGGACACGUCACAGUCUGAUCCUGAGGAAGGUGACCCUGGAAGACUGCGGGUCCAUCAGCUUCAAGGUCGGGGAGCACACGUCAGCAGCACAGCUGAAGGUCCAAGCUGCUCCGGUCAUCUUUGUGAAGGCGCUCCAGAACCUGGAGUUGCAGGAGGGUGGCACAGCUCACCUGUCCUGCGAGGUGUCCAAGCCUGACGUCCCCGUGGAGUGGAAGAAAGGCACGUCUGUGAUCCACUCCAGCCAGAAGUGCAGCAUCAAGCAGGAGGGGAAGGUGCACACGCUGGUGAUCCGCGAUCUGAACCGCGCGGACGCGGGCGAGUACAGCUGCCAGACGGCUGACGGGAGGACCGUGGCCAGGCUGGAGGUUAAAGGCCUCCCCGUGCUGUUCAAGCACUGGCUGAAGAACGAGGAGGUGGAGGAAGGUCGCACGGCCCUGUUGUUCUGUGAGCUGACAAAGCCCAACGCACACGUGGAGUGGAGGAAAGGGGACACUGUUCUGCAGACAGGUGACAAGUACGAGAUCCGGCAGGAGGGGACGCGUGUGGAGCUCCUCAUCUACGAUGCUGAGGCUCAGGAUGCUGGGGAGUACACGUGUGACUCGGGGGAUCAGCAGACCACGGCAUCGCUGCAAGUCAAAGUACUGCCAGUGCUGUUUAACAAAGAGCUGAGAAACGUAGAGACUGAAGAAGGGGGAACGGCUGUUUUGCACUGUGAGAUCUCCAGGCCGGACGCCCCCGUUGAGUGGAGGAAAGGAGGGGUGGUCAUUGAGCCCAGUGACAAGUACGAGAUGAAGCUGAAGGGCAGCAUAGCUGAGCUGAUCAUCCAUGGUGUAGAGCCUGAUGACUGUGGGGAUUACACCUGCAGCACUGGAUACGAGAUCACCACAGGUUCUGUGUACGUGCAAGAAGAAGCAGCAGUGGUAGUUUCUGGUUUAAGGAACACAGACGUCUUUGUGGGCGAGUCAGCCACGUUCACCUGCGAGCUCUCGCACCCGGGCGUGAGGAACGUGCAGUGGUGGCUCGAUGGGACCCCCCUCCACAACAACCUGGUGACUGAAAUCUCUGAGCAGGACGGGAGGAUCCACACUCUGACCCUAAAUGACGUGGCCUGCCACGACUCAGGCACUGUCACCUUCAGAGCUGGGUCCCUUAUAUCUUCAGCUAAAUUAUUAGUCAAAGAUCCCACCAUUGAAGUGGUCAGUCCCAUGCAGGACAUAACUGUUGAUGAAGAUGGCCCAGCAGAGUUCAUAUGCCAAUAUUCUAGGCCAGUGCACGCCAUCUGGAAGAAAAAUGAUCAGGAAAUACAUGCAGAUGGGCAGCGAGUGAUUAUCGAUCAGGACUGGAAUGUGAGCAUGCUAAAAAUUAACCCUACGGUCCCAGAAGACACUGGCAUCUAUUCUUGUGAAGCUGGAGGCACUAAAGUGAUGGCUACACUUGAUGUUCAAGCCAAGAACAGCAUCGUCCAGGGCUUGGAGAACGUGGAAGCCGUGGAAGGAGGGGAAGCCCUGUUCGAGUGUUACCUCUCCAAGCCCGAGACCUACAAUUACAACUGGCUGAUUGACGAUGAACCUGCCAAGACCACAGAGAACACCGAGAUGGUUUACUUUGAAAAUGGGCUCAGGCACAUCCUGCUGAUGAAGAACCUCACCCCCCAGGACAGCUGCAGGGUGACUUUCAUGUGCAGCGACGCGGUGACCUCGGCCUUCCUGACGGUGAAAGGAUGGCGCCUGCAGUUCUUGCAGCCUCUCAAGGAUGUGGAAGUCUCUGUGGGGGAGAAAGCCACAUUUAGCUGUGUUCUGAGUGAAGCUGUGCCCAUUAAUGAAGUGGCCUGGUACAGCAAUGACGUAGAGAUCCAGUCGGGUGAGGACUGGGAGGUACAAGCAGAUGGAAACAAAUACAAACUUAUUCUGAAAAAAGCCCAGCUGCACCAUUCUGGAGAGGUGACCUUUGCUUCCAGGGAAGCAAUUUCAUCAACCAAGCUUUCUGUGAUAGAGCCUCCAGUUACAGUCACCCAGCCUUUGGUGGGAGGAUCAGUCACAGAAGGGGGGGUGGCUCGCUUGGAGUGCACAUUAUCCAGCAAAACUGAGGAAAAAGUGACGUGGUUCAAAGGAAAGGAACAAAUAAAAGCUGGAGGGAGAUACGAGAUCCUCUCUGAUGGGAAAAAGCAGAUGCUCAUUAUUCACGGGUUCAGACCUGAAGACCAGGACACCUACACCUGCAUGGCUUCUCCUGAAGUCAAAUCUGUUGCCAGCCUGAACCUUGAAGUGCCCACGGCGGCGAUGCUAAAGGAGAUUGCCAGGGAAGCACCCCCUGCAAGCCAGCCAGGGGAGCUGGUGGACGGCCAGGUCCAGCCCAGCUUGCCCCCUGAGGCUGCUCAGGAGGGAGAUCUUCACCUCCUGUGGGAAGCCCUGGCCAAGAAGCGCCGGAUGAGCCGGGAGCCCACUUUGGAUUCCAUCAGCGAGGUGCCUGAAGAGGACCUCGAGAGGCUGCAGAAGUUGAGGAAGGAGGAAGCAGAGAUGUCCCACUACUACUCAGAGGAGUAUUCCACGUGUGACGAGCUGGCCAGGACGGGAGAAGCCGAUUUCUCUUUCACAAGCUCAGAUGAUGAGUCCAGAGCUGGGACGCCCUCACUGGUGAACUACCUAAAAAAGAAAGCUGGGAAGACGAGUAUCAGUGUUACCAGCAAGGUUCAGUCCACCUCCACAGGCAAAUUAUGGAAGCAGUGGGAGAAAUCCAGUGUGGAGACUGCUGUGACCACCACAGCUGCCAAACCAGCUGAACCAGAGCUGCCAGACUUAGACGACCCUUCCAUGAACAAGGCUGCUGUGAAGAUCCAAGCCGCUUUCAAAGGCUACAAAGUCAGGAAGGAGAUCAAGCAGCAAGAGUGCCCGGUGUUUGCCGAGACCUUCAAAGACUUCUCUGGCGAGCCUGGAAGCACUCUGCACCUGGAGUGUGUGGCCCACAGCAAAUCUGACAUGAAGGUCCGGUGGCUGAAAGACGGGCAGGAGCUUUCGGACGGCCGCUACUACCACAUAGACAACUACAGCGACGGGACCUGCUCGCUGAUCAUCGCCGGCCUGGACAGGAAGGACGCGGGAAAAUACACCUGCGAGGCAUCCAACAAAUUCGGCAAGGUUUCCCACAGUGCCAAGGUGGUGGUUGGCGCUCAGGAGGCUCAGGUGCUUCAUAAGAAGCAGGCGAAGCAGAGCACGGACAGUGAGACCGAGAGCUCGUCCGGCAGCGAGCUGGACGACGCUUUCCGUAAGGCAGGGAGGAGACUCCACAGGCUCUUCAGGGCCAAGAUCUCCACGGAGAUCUCUGACGUGGAGGAGGAGCUCUUUGUCAGUGCAGACGAGGGCGACAUCGACGUGGUGGACCACCAGACGUACCGGGAGGACGACCAGUACAUCUACAUCAAGUUCGAAGUCUUGUCCGAGGCCAAAACGGCCGCCACUCGCUUCAGGGAGAUGUUUGGGGCCCUGGGGAUCCCCGUGGAGAUCGAUAUUUUGGAGCAAGGCCCUAAAAAGGUUGAACUGCGCAUUGGGAAGGCCUCACCACCCACCUUUGGGAAGUUUGCACCACCCAUAGCGAGACCUCCGCCGCCUUUGCUGACUUCUGACACAGCUCCCAUGUUCAUGACUGAGCUCCAGAACCAGGAGGUCCAGGAUGGGUACCCGGUGAGCUUUGACUGCAUCGUCAUCGGCAAACCCCUCCCCACAGUCCGCUGGUUCAAGGAUGGGAAAGCUAUCGAGGAGAACGACCACUACAUGAUCAAUGAGGACCAGGAGGGGUGUCACCAGCUCAUCAUCACCGCCGUGGUCCCCACUGACAUGGGUGUUUACCGUUGCCUGGCUGAGAACAACAUGGGAGUGGCUUCAACCAAGGCUGAGCUUCGGGUGGACUUGACCAGCACUGACUAUGAGACAGCAGCAGAUGCAACAGAGACAUCCUCUUACUACAGUGCCAAAGAGUAUAUUUCAAGCCGAGAGCAGGAGGAAUCCACCACUGAGGAGGAGCAACUGCCCCAGAUCUUUGAUGAGCUUCAUGACAUUCAUGUGGCACCUGGAGCAUCACUGGCUAAAUUUCACCUGAAGGUCAAAGGGUACCCACAGCCUCGUCUCUACUGGUUCAAGAAUGGGCAGCCCCUGAAGGCCUCUGAUCGCAUCCUGAAGACUGACAGGCAGGAAUUCCACUCCCUGGAAAUUCGGGAUGUCACCAAGGCAGACGCUGGGCAGUACCUGAUCUUUGUCAUCAACUCUGCUGGCUCUGCCUAUUCCUCGGCCAGGCUGGUGGUCAAAGAUCCUUAUGAGAAAGAGGAGCCAUCCAAAACAGAUUCCCAUGAGCAGCUGAUACCACCGAGGUUCCUUGAAAGGUUUACUAAUAAAAAGGUGAAAAAAGGUGCAAGCAUCACAUUAUCUGUGAAAGUGGAAGGACAUCCACCUCCAAGUAUUACUUGGAUGAAAGAGGAGUCCCGGAAAGACAUCCUGUGGAUCAAACCAGACACCCCUGGGUAUAAACUUGCCAGUUCCAACAUGCACCACAGCCUGAUCCUGCUGGAUGUUAAGAAGAAGUACAGUGGAGCUUACACGUGCAUUGCCACCAACAAGGCUGGCCAGUCCAUCUGCACGGCCAACCUGGAGGUUGCAGAUGUGAAAGAGGCUGAAGUUCUGACCCAGGAGCGGGUGAUGGUGUCCGAAGCCAUCAUGACCACACUGGGAGCUAUUCAUCCCUCUGAAGCAAGAGAAGGAGACCUUGAAGGAAGGGAAGGUGUUCCCAAAAGCCCUAUUUCAUUAGCUGAUGUUGGCUCAGAAGAGUUCUUCCAGAAACUCACCUCACGGAUCUCGGAAAUGGUGUCUGCAAAAAUAACUCAGGCCAAGCUUCGAGUGCCAGGUGCAGAAAGUGAUGAUGAUUCAAAAACUCCCUCUGCAUCUCCUCGCCAUGGACGGUCCAGACCUUCAUCCAUAGCUCAGGAGUCUUCCUCUGAGUCUGAAGAUGGGGAUUCCAGAGGAGAGAUCUUUGACGUCUACAUGGUCACUGCUGACUAUGUCCCUGCUGCACCUGACAGGGAAACCAUCACCCUGAAGGAAGGACAAUACGUGGAAGUCCUUGAUUCAGCUCAUCCUCUCAAGUGGCUGGUCAGGACUAAACCCACGAAAUCGAGUCCCUCUCGACAGGGUUGGGUGUCUCCAGCUUAUCUGGACAAGAAAUUAAAGUUGUCACCAGAGUGGGGGACAACAGAAAUCCCUGAGUUUCCUGGAGAGUUUGUUUCUGAAGAUGAAUAUAAAAGGAAGCUGAGCGUUCUCAUCCAGGAGCUGCUGAUCUCAGAGGAGGAUUACAUUCAAGACCUGCAGUUCCUCCUGACUCAUCACCUCAAGUACACAGAGACCUGUCCCAACGUCCCAGGAGCUGUAGCCAGUCAGAAAUCCACCAUUUUCAGGAACAUUGAUGACAUUGGUCGCUUCCAUUCCAGUGUCUUCCUCCGGAGCCUGCAGGGCUGUGACACUGAUGACGACGUGGCCAUGUGCUUUAUCAAGCACGAGGCAGAGUUUAACAGGUACAUCCAGUACCUGGUGGGAAGGGUACAGGCUGAGUCUGUUGUUGUCAGCAAAGCUGUCCAGGACUUCUACAAGAGAUACACAGAUGAAUUUGAAACUAAUGAAGAUCCUUCACAGCCACUUAUCCCACCACUGCAGCACUACCUGGAAAAACCUAUAAACAGGAUCCAGCAGUAUCAGACAAUAAUUAAGGAAUUAAUCCGAAACAAAGCAAGAAACAGCCAAAACUGCACCUUGCUGGAACAGGCUUAUGCUGUGGUGUCUGCACUGACCCGGAGGGCAGAGAACAACCUCCACGUCUCGCUGAUUGAGAAUUAUCCAGGGACCCUGGAGAGCCUUGGUGAACCCAUCCGGCAGGGUCACUUCAUUGUGUGGGAAGGAGCUCCAGGAGCUAGAAUGGCAUGGAAAGGACACAAAAGACACGUUUUCCUCUUCAAAAAUUACCUUGUGAUCUGUAAACCAAAGCGAGACACAAAGACAGACACCUACAGUUACAUCUUCAAGAACAUCAUGAAGCUGAACAACAUAGAUGUGAACGACCUGGUGGAAGGGGACGACCGGGCGUUCGAGAUCUGGCACGAGCGGGAGGACCUGGUCCGCAAGUACCUGCUCCAGGCACGGACCGUGAACAUCAAGAACUCCUGGGUGAAGGAGAUCUGUGGAAUACAGCAGCGGAUCAGCGAGCCCAUCUGGAUACCUCCAGACUUCGAGGAAGAACUGGCGGAUUGCACGGCUGAGCUGGGAGAGACAGUCAAGCUGGCCUGUAAAGUGGUGGGAGCUCCCAAACCAUCCAUCAGCUGGUACAAAGAUGGAAAACCAGUGGAGGUGGAUCCCCAUCACAUUAUAAUAGAAGAUCCCGACGGUUCCUGCACGUUGAUCUUGGACAACCUGACAGGUGUUGACACAGGACAAUACAUGUGCUUUGCUUCCAGUCCUGCUGGAAAUGCCAGUACCUUGGGAAAGAUCCUUGUUCAAGUGCCACCAAGGUUUGUGAACAAGGUCAGAAAUGCUUAUUUUGUGGAGGGUGAAGAUGCCCAGUUCACCUGUACUGUAGAAGGAGCACCAAGGCCUCAAAUCAGAUGGUACAAAGAUGGGGUGCUGAUAAAGGACACAAGUAAAUACCAGGCUUUCAAUGAACCACGGAGUGGCAUCGUGGUCCUGGUGGUCAAGAACCCUUCCAAUGAAGACAUGGGACACUAUGAAUGUGAGCUGAUGAACAGAUUAGGGUCUGCAAAAAGUGGAGCAGAGCUUUACCACCACAGUGCUGCAGCCCUGACCCAGGAGAGGAGAGGAGACCAAGCCAUCACCAUCGAAGGAAUGACUCCCCUACAGCCAAGGAUGGAGACUUCUGUCCAGGCCUCGCUCCAACGCGCUGACAAGGAGAUCAAGACAGCCCUGAGGACACUCAUGGACUCGGCGUCGAUGCUGGUGACUCUUCCCCUGGGCAUGAGAGGAGAAGGUGGCCUUGGCCUUCCUGGGUCUGUUCCUCCAGACCUCUCAGAAACAUCAGCUGGGCCCCCUGUGCUGGUUCAUGAAGUCAGCACCCAAACCCAGGCUCCUGGAGGCCAUGACAAAGCACAGAGUCAGGUUUCAGCUGAAGAACCAAGUGUGCCAAAGCCCAGCCCUGGUCCUUCCCAGGAAGACACAGCUGCUGGAGACGGAAGCGCUCGGGAACGCACCGUUCCCAUCGACAGAACCUCACCAGAGGCAGGGGCAGGAGGCUGGUACAGGAGAGAAGGAGACGUGGUCUGGGAUGUGCACAGUGAAGUUUAUAUUGAGACCACGGAAAGAACUCGUGUGUAUAAGACCGAGGAGAAGACCCCAGCAAGUCCUCCCUACAUGCAAGUGACAAUAGAGGAUGUGCAGGUGAACUCUGGGGAACGUGCCAAAUUUCAGGCAGUCAUCGAGGGAACCCCUCCACCCACCGUGCUGUGGUUUAAGGGCACUUCGUUGCUGACAGACAGUGACAGAGUCCACCAGGGGAAGGAAGGGACAACGUAUUUCUUAGCAGUGGAUGAUGCUGCCUUGGAAGAUGGUGGUGUUUAUACCUGUGUUGCCAAAAAUGCAGGCGGGGAGGUUUUGUGCAAAGCAGAGCUCGUUGUACGUGAAGCUAAGAAAGACCAAGAAGGAAAGAAAGUGGCCACCAGGAGAAAGCUCCAUGCCCAUUAUGAGGUGAAGCAGGAAAUUGGAAGGGGCUGCUUCAGCUUCGUGAAACGGGUUGUGCACAAAGGGAACAGAGUGUCCUGUGCUGCCAAGUUCAUCCCUCUGCGAAGCAAAACCAAGUCUCGAGCCCACCAAGAGAGGGACAUUCUCGCCUCCCUGUCCCACGACAGAAUUACUCGGCUCCUGGAUGAGUUUGAAACGAGGAAAACACUGAUUUUGGUUCUGGAGUUAUGCUCCAGUGAAGAGCUCCUGGACCGUUUGUUCAAGAAGAGUGUGGUCACCGAAGCUGAGGUCAAAUUGUAUAUCAAGCAACUUUUGGAAGGACUCAAAUAUCUUCACGACAACAACAUCCUUCACUUGGACAUCAAGCCACUGAAUAUCCUCAUGGUUUACCCUGAGAGGGAAGACCUGAAGAUCUGUGACUUUGGGUUUGCUCAGAAGAUCACCCCCUUUGAGCCUCAGUACAGCAAAUAUGGCUCUCCAGAGUUUGUUGCCCCAGAAAUUGUUUCUCUGUCGCCGGUGUCAAAAGCCACUGAUAUCUGGGCUGUUGGAGUCAUCACGUAUUUAAGCCUCACGUGCAAGUCUCCAUUUGCUGGGGAGAACGACAGGAAAACCCUCCUGAACAUCCAGAGCGGGGAGAUUUCAUGGACCAUUCCUGACGUUGUUCACUUGAGCGAAGAUGCAAAGGACUUCAUGAAAGGGAUCCUGCAGCAGAACCCCAAAGCCAGGCCUAGUGCUUUGGACUGUCUGUCCCACAAGUGGUUCAUGCACAAUGUCCCCCUCGAAGCAGCUCAUUUCAUUAAUACCAAGCAGCUCAAAUUCAUUGUGGCUCGGAGCAAGUGGCAGCGGUCUCUGAUGUGCUACAAAUCCAUCCUGGUAAUGAGGUCUAUCCCAGAAAUCCUGGAAAGGACCCACGACAACACCUCCCUGGCCAUGUCCCGACACCUCAUCGAGGAAAGCACUUCAUCCAGUACCAGUGGCUCCUCUUCAGACAACGAGAACUCGAAUUUCCCCAAGAAGAGGCACUUUGGCUCCACACCUGAGCUGCACUUGCCCGUAUUUGAAGCACCAAGUUAUCAGGAGCCUCCAAAACGUUCAAGUGAGCAGAAGCAUUCCAAGACACCAGUCCCUCCAGUAAAACCCAUGAGGAGGAAAUAUGCUUCCAUGAAAGCUGAGAUGGGGGACAAAUCACCCACAGAAAGCAAAGAGCUCAUGGCAAGUGUCUUCCAGGAGAAGGAGGAGGGGCUCCAUCCCAGUGUUAGAGGCGAAGGAGCAGAGCCAUCCCAAAGGAGCGGUGCUGCCGAGCCUUCAUCCGUGAGGGCUUCCACGGAAAGCACAUCACAUCCAGGUCAGAAAGGAAAACCAGACAUGUCUUUAGCUGAUAAAGAGAAGAUUGAAAAGGCUGGGGAUGGCACAGAAAAGCCAUCUGCCUUUGUGCCCAGGCAGAGCGUCAUCAAAAGCACUUUCUACAGCCAAGCAACAGAGCUCCCUGCAAGGCCGCCUUCCUCCCCAGGCAGGGAGUUCAGGAGGCACCUGGACAGAGCCAGGAGGACUUUCCGGAAAGGUGGAUAUUCGAAGGUGCCCCUCAGUGGUCUCCGUGAGCCCCUCCUGGAGCAGUUUGAGCUGGAAGAGGAAGAGGAAGAGGAAGAGGAAGGAGAUGAUCGCAGGGAAAGCCUGCUGGGAUCCUUGACCAAAUCAGCGUCAUUUGACACUGCCAGGAAACCACCACAUCCUGCCAUUGCUGGUGCCAGCAGGAGCCGUUCCCUGGACGACUACAGGCUGAGAGCCUCGAGGUCACUGAGGGAACAAGAUAUUUUGGAAGAAGACUGUGAUGUCUUGUCCCAGGAGAGCUGCCCUGAAGGCAGUGACCACUGUGACAUUGCUGCAGGGCCUGGCAAGGGAUGCUCUGUAGACACAUCAAAGCAGGAGGAAGUCAGGAGAGCCAGCAAGGAUUGUUCAGGAGAGAAGCCCUGUCCUUCCACACAUUGUGAUGGUAAUGAGUGCCCAGCUGCUUUUAUGCAACAGGCUGAGGGACUUCCAGUGUCACCUCACAGGAGUGAAAAUAGGAAACCUUUACUGAAGAAGUCAAAAGCUACUGAGAUUGAGGAGGAUGCUGAAGAUUUGGAAGGCAAAAGCCCCAUUCUGACUGCCCAGUGCUUAGACAUAACUGCAUCAGCAGCCCAAAAACAUGAGAGCCUGGAGGGUAAAUCUGGUUUUCAGGAGGGCAAAGAGUCCAUUCCAACCCUGUCACAGUCAGAGGCCACCUCUGAGUCAUCUCCCACGAGUAAAGGAGGUGUGUGUCUGCCCCAGCAGUCUGCUCACAGCACUGACAUCCACCCGGAUCAAAAAGGUGGAACGUUGCUGAUCAAAAGGACGGCUCCAGUUCCACCUUGGAAGGACAAAAGGCAGAAACAUUCAGGUGAAAAGGCCUCUACUCACAGCGUUGCUGAGUCUGAACUCAUGGAGCAUGAAAGCUCUGCUGUUCCAGCAGAACAGACAGAGACCGAUUCACUUCCAGUACGUAAAGACAAAAGUCGGGAACUUCCCGGGGAAAGUGUUCCAGCAGCUCCCGUCUCUUUGGGCAAGCAGCCAGGUGUCCUCACAGCUGGUGAAGGGGCUCCUCAGAAGGUGAAGACCCGCAAAGAGGUGAGAUCUGCUGUCCUGGGGGAGGAAGAGCUGGGUGUGACAGGAGUCACUCCACCAUCAGCCCAUGCUGGUGAAAGCCAAGCUCACAGGAAGGCUCCUGCUCGUGGAUUCACAGCAUCAGCCAGCCUGAAAGGAGAGCACCUCGCUGUUCCCAAAGUCCCAUCACCCCAAUCAGUGCCGACUCCGAUCUCCGGUGGAGCAUGGGCUGAAAGGGAAGGGCCAGCUCACAGCAAGGAGAGGUUUACUGCCGUGAGGAGCGAAAGCUCUGCUGUCACAGAGGUUGUUCCCAGCUUGGCCCAUGAAGGAGCCAAACCCCAGAAGGUUCCUGAAGGCCAUGGUGUUCCAGAGAGCAGACACACAGCAGGAACGGUGUCCUCCCAAAGCACUGCUCUCCCUUCGGUCUGUGAGAGGGAAAAACGGGAACAUCCGUCCCUUCACAGGGAGGUGACAUCUGCCAUGACAGCAAGUGGAAGCCCAGCAACUGUGCAGACCACGUCUGCUCCUUUCCCCAAGGCUGGACAUGGGGUGCUGGAGCAGCACAGGGCUGCCGGUCCCAGUGCUGGGAUUUCUGAUGGUCUGGGGGGUGCAUUAACUGCUGCACAACCAGAAGGUGCUCCAGCUUCAGCCUAUGAAGUAGAAUAUGAGGAACAUCCAAAGGUCCAUGGUGAGGGUGAAGGCGUUGCCUUAGAAAGUGGAAGAUCUGAUGGUGGAAAAGCUGUCCCACCGUCACUCCGCAGGGAUCGCGGUCAGGAGCGAUCACAUCACAGGUCUUCCUUCUACAGUGAUGAGGAGUCUGCUGUGCUGGAGGGCUUAGUGGACGAGAUGGUUUCCCUCUCUGAAGAGAUGAAUGUUUGGGCAGAGUCAGUUUCUGGAGAGAAGGAGAGCAGAAAGCACAUCUCUCCCCCCACACAGGUGUUCUACAAAGGCCCAGGUAGCCAAGCACCCAGGGACACCUCCUCCCCUUCUGUAAAACAGGGUGAAAGAGGGGAAGCCUCUGAACAGGAUGACCUUGAAGAACCCUACCUUGCUGUGAGUGAGGAGUCAGAGGCUCUGGAAGGGCAGGGAGCACAGACAGUUCCUUGUGAAUGUGAACACCUGGAGGACUUGGCGUUUGAGAGCCCCACUUCCAGCCGAGCCAGCGUUUCCUCAACAGAGAGCUUGGACACCGGGAAAAGACCCAGCCGGGUGUCAGUGAUCAAGGACACCGGGAAACACCCAGAAGUGUCUUUGGUGAAAAUCAAAGACCUGUCAGAUGAAUCCCCCAGUACUGGCAGCGGCCCUCAAAAAUUUGACAUCUCAGAGGUGGAACCUGCCUACUUGAACUUCUCUGACUUGUAUGACAUCGUCUAUUUUCCGUUUGAAUUUCUGAGCUACAAGAAGCCUUCGCCCAAGCCAGUUCGUAGACGGUUUAUUCCUCUCGGUGAAAGGGCAAGGUCCCCUCCUGCAGGGCAUCUGCAUAAGGAUAAGAGGCUGUGCAUCAGGGAGCAGGCAGAGGACAAGAACAGGAAGAACUGUUUGGAAAUAUCUGAGGAUUCAAAGGCAACUCACUUAGUGGCCAUGGGGAAAGGGGCAGAGAGCCAUAAAGAAAUGUAUGGCUCCCAAAAGGACUCCAGUGGGAAGCAGAAAAGCUCCUUCCACACCAAGCCAGGACUCUUUAAGCCAUAUGCAAGGUCUCAUUCAGUGGAGCUGUCAGUGGAGCAGAGUCUGAAGAAGAAAGUAAAAGCUUCUGUUGCCCAUAUUUCAAGAAUCCUAAAAGGAAAGACAUCUCCUGAGCCAGAGGAAGAGUUUGGUGAGCUGGGAAGUGAGGCAGCAGAAAAAGAGCUGUUAACAGGGGCUGAAGGAUCUCUGAAGAGGAAAUCAGCACUCUCCUCAUUCAAGUUGCCAAGCCUCAUGCCAAAGGAGAAAGCCCCAUCCUUCACUGAGGAGCUCAUGGACCAGGCUGCUGCCGUGGGACAGUGCUUGACGCUGUCGUGCCGGACGGCAGCUCACUCCUCCCUGCACAUCAACUGGUUCAGAGACGGGAUCCCUGUCCAGAGCAGCAGCCGGAUCCUCAUCUCAUCCACCCUCAAACACUUCCAGCUCUUAACUAUUCUCUCUGUUAAUCCUGAGGAUUUUGGUAUUUACACCUGUGUGGCCACAAACUCCCUGGGUUCGGCAUCCACCUCUUGUGUCAUAAGAAAAGCAGAGGUUCCUCCCAGCCCUCCACCCCCUGACAUGGUGGAAGUCUACAAGGACGGAGUGCAGGUGGUCUGGAAACCUGUGGAGACCAACACCCCUGUCCAUUACACCAUCCAGUGCAAGAGUGAAGAUGGGGAGUGGACAACUCUGGCUUCUGACCUCGCUGACUGCUGCUACUAUGCCAAAAAUCUGCCCAAGGGGUUUAUCUAUCACUUCAGGAUUGCCUGCACCAGCAAAGCAGGAAUGGGCCCCUACAGCGACCCAUCUGCCAGCGUGAAAAUCACCGGGGAGGAUCCAAUGGAGCUUCGUGCUGCAACACAGGGCAUCCCAGCACCUGCUGCUGAGGAAGAGAGUGAAAUAAUCACACCAUCCGAGCCCUUCCCAACCUACCAGACCUACGCCUUCCAAACAGAGAUCAAAAGGGGGCGAUUCAGCAUCGUCCGACAGUGCAGGGAGAAAGUGAGCGGCAAGACUUUGGCUGCAAAAAUCAUCCCUUACUGGCAAGAGGACAAGCAGACUGUGCUCCUGGAGUACCAGGUCCUGAGGAAACUCCACCACACAAACAUAGCCCAGCUGAAGGGAGCCUAUGUCAGCCCACGGCACUUGGUGUUGAUCCAGGAGGUGUGUGUGGGACCAGAGCUGCUCCACUCCUUGGCACUACGGACAUCGUACUCGGAAGUGGAGGUCCGGGACUACCUGUGGCAGAUCCUCAGUGCCACCGAGUACCUCCAUGCCCACAACAUCCUGCACCUGGAUCUCAGGUCUGAGAACAUGAUCAUCACCGAGCCCAACCUGCUGAAACUCCUGGAUUUUGGGAACGCACAGUUCUACACACAAGACAAAGUCAUUACCAUGGACAAGUGCAUGGACUAUGUCGAAACCAUGGCUCCAGAACUGCUGACAGAGCAAGGAGCCCUCCCACAGACUGAUAUUUGGUCCAUUGGAAUCACAGCCUUCAUCAUGUUGAGUGCCAACUACCCCGUCAGCUCCGACGUCCCCUGUGAGUUCCUGAGAACCACCAGGAAGGGCAAAGUGAAGCUCACGCGGUGCUACGCGGGUCUGUCCGGGGGGGCUGUGUCCUUCCUCCAGAGCACUCUGUGUGCAAACCCCUGGGGAAGGCCGUCAGCCUCCGAGUGCCUUCAGAGCCCGUGGCUCCAGGAGACAGGUUUGGACAGCAGGCAGCAAGCACUGGUUACCUUCCCCACCACCAAACUGAGGAAUUUCCUCAUGGAAAGGGAAAAGAAGAGGGGCUUGCUGUGCUCCAAGUACGGCCUCAUGAUUGCACAGUGACGUGGAUGGGACAGGCAGGAACUGCCCCUCUGUCCCUUCUGCACUCAGUGUUUGGUACUAAACCAUCCUGCCAAGCUGGUGUCCAUCAGCUGAGCUGGGGUCACUGCUCCCUGUGUUUGUGCUGGUGUGUCCUGCCUGCCACAGGCUGUUCCUGUGUGUUCUGUGACUUGUUGGGUAACUGGGCCAGCAGACAGUGAAGGCAGCAAAUGCACCAGUGACCAUGGCCUUGUAACAUGCACGUGUUGUCCUUUGGCACUUUGAAGCCAGGCUGCUCUUCCCUGGGGAGUGCACAGGCCCUUCUACCCAGAGAUGUGCCAAAGGCUCCGUGUUUUAAUUCUUCAAAAAAAUCCUGACAUUUCACGUUGUUUCUCCUUCCAACCCUGCUUUCCUCUGCAAUGGGUGGUGUUGGCUGUGUCGUGGCUUUGUACUCAUAACCUCAGUGCUCCUUCGAGUUUCUCUGCAGUGAUUGAUGUAUCUGUUGGUGCCGCUGACUUCCUUCGAUUUUCCACACGAGCAGCAUUAAGAGGAGGCUUUCUCAGAGCUGUAUCUGUCUGUGUUUAGAGGAAGGAACACAGAAAACAGUUCCUGAUGCAUUGCAGUUUCAUACUGGAGUUGAGGCUGUUUAACCAGGGAUGGCCUUUCCCACAACAUGUUUAACCCCUGUUGUUCCAAACCUGAAGGAUGCAGGCUGUGACUCCUUCCCUUGCUCAGUGUGCAGAGCAGGAGUUGUGACCUGGAACGUUUUCCCUGUGCUGUCGAGAGCAGGCACCAACUCAGCAGACUGUAAAACUUUGAAUGUUGAAGGAGUAUUGUCUUCAUUAAGCUCUGCAGGAGAGAAAACCAGGGGUUUAGGGACAGACUCCACACUCAGCUCUCUCAGGGGAUAGAAGAGUUACACGAGACAGACACUGCAAUGAGAGCUGCCCCCCAGUGAACUUUUCAAAUUUAUUCCUGGAUUUUUUCCAAUUUAACUUCUCUUACAAAUCCAGUCAGGUUUUUGUUGGCACAGGCUGGUUUUUUACUCUUGCUGUUGCACUUUGGGAUGGAAAGCUCAGUGCCAGGGGAGAACCCACCCAAGCAUAAAAGUUAAUUGCAGAUUAACUCAUUUGGAGCUUUCACACUCUUCCAUAUAUGACUUUUUUUUUUUUUUUUGCUUCUCACAACUGCAUGCAUUUGAGCAUGUCUGAAGUCUUUUAUAGACUCAAUACUGUUUGGUUAAAUAAACCAUUCUGACAAACAAGUAAAGCCAGAUUUUUCUGCUGAA